AUGUACGCGAACCAGUUCGACAAGAUCGACAAGUUUGCAGAGGGGCCACAUUAUGGCCCUGUCCUGACGCCGCUCAUGGUGAAGAAAGUGCGGGCGCGGCCAGAGCUGAACCCGCUCCUCACGCCGCCGCCCGAGGAAGGCACCCACGACUUCAUCAAAUGGAACAUGCUCUUCUCGACCGCGCAGUGCCAGCGCUCGUGCGACCCCUCCCACCGCUCGUGGUCGAACGGCCGGAACGCGCCCGCCACCUGGCCGCGCGUCACGUCCCUCCGCCUCGUGUCGCGCGCGAUCCCCGCGCCCAUCGAGGUGCCCGCGGCGAGCGCGGAGGCCGGCGUGACGUGCGGGGACGUCAUCGAGGCGAUCUGCAACUACAUGAACGGCCGCCUGACGCAGCAGCAGUACAACACCGCGUCCGACGCGCAGAAGCGCGUGCUCUCCGAGGCGUACUACCACAACCGCUCGACCGCGCAGGGCGUGCCCGGCGGCCGCCUCCCGCAGACGCUCCUCCGCUUCGACUGGCUCGGCCAGGACACGAUGUACGGCGGGUGCGAGGCGAACGAGCAGCUCGUAAGGGACCUGUGCGGCGGGCUGCCGUGCGUGUACGAGCUCAAGACCGUGCGGCGCUACCCGAUGUCGGAGCAGGAGAUCGAGGAGCAUGAGCGGAGGGAGGCGGAGGCGGAGUCGCGGCGCAGCAGGAGCCGGAGGAGAUCGCGUGCGACGUCCCGGGCGACGUCCGUCGCUACCUCUCGGGUCGCGAGCGAGCAGCCAGAAGAGGAUGAAUAUUGA